UACAGAUUUUUUUAAAUUUGUACAAAAUGUUGAAUAACAAUUUACUGUUAAUUCCAAUUUUAUUCCUUCCAGUUACUAACGCGCGAUAUAACCCAUCCAUUCUCAUCAUAGGAGCGGGACCAUCAGGCAUUGCAGCAGCCACGAAGUUACUCAAAAACAAUUUUACCAACUUGAGGAUAUUUGAAGCCGAAAACAGAAUCGGCGGUAGAAUACGAAGCGUUAAGUUCGGUGAUUCCUUUAUUGAUUUGGGUGCUGAAUGGUGCCAUGGAGAGAAAGAUAAUAUUGUGUAUGAGAUGGUAAACCAGUACGAUGUGCUGAUGCAUACGAAUUUGUCAUAUAAAUUAGUUUAUUCCAACGGCAAGUAUAUUGAUGAUGAAGUGUACCAAGGUUUGCUAGAUUUCGCUGAAAACAUCGACGCUUCGGUAACAAAUGAAGGGACUGAGAAGAACUGCGGGAAUUUAGAGUCCGUAGGAGAAUGUUUUCAAAAAUUAUUCAAUGCCAGUUUCUCAAAAAAAUACAACACGGAACCACAAAAACUGAGGGUUAGCUUAGAUUCAAAAGAUUGGUUGGAACAUUAUACUGCUCUCUAUGACAGUACCUUCUCAUUACUAGAUCUAUCUCGUAAGUCGGAUUACAAGAGAUGCGAGGGCGACUUGAGACUAAAUUGGAACGGACGUGGGUUCAAAACCAUACUAGAGUUGAUGAUGCAAAAGUUUCCUGAUUCUUCAAAGCAACUACCCAUCGAUAACAAAAUUUUCCUCAAAAAAGAAGUCACCAGAAUCUCAUGGAAAGGGAAUAGUACGAAAGUUUUAGUUCGUUGUUUCGAUGACACAACGGUUGAGGUUGACCACGUCAUUUUUACGCCGUCUUUGGGUGUGUUAAAAGCUAGUUAUAAAUCUUUGUUUGAACCUUCACUACCUGCUGACAAAGUUGCUGCUAUAAGGAAUUUUGGUUUCGGAGCAACUUUUAAAGUUGCGUUCCACUUUCCAAAAACUUGGUGGAAUGCUAGUGAACUUUACGGAUUCGUUUGGAGUUCCGACGACGAAAGAAGAAUUAUCGCAGAUUUUCCUGAAGGACCAAUUAAGAAUGGAAAAUCUUGGCUGACAGCUUCAGUAAAAUUCUUCCAAGCUGAAAAUAAUCCGAAGGUACUGAUUGGCUUCUUCGCUGCAGAAAUGGUGCCAGAAUUGGAAAAAGAAUCAGAUAAAGUAAUAACAGAUGGCUGUAUGUAUCUAUUCAAGACAUUUUUAGGUGCAAACUAUACCGUCCUUGAGCCAGAUGCCAUUAUAAGAUCUUCUUGGUACAACAAUCGGCAUUUCCGUGGUACCUACUCAUACGAAUCUGUCAAGGGUAAAACUAACGGUAAAAGGUACCCUCAAAUGUUGGGAAUGCCUUUGGAAUAUGAAAAUGGAACGCCUGCUGUCCUAUUCGCCGGUGAAGCUACCCAUCCUUAUUAUUUUUCUACAGUGCAUGCUGCUAUUGAAACGGGAUAUCGAGAAGCUGAUAGACUGAUUGGUUUAUAUAGACAAAAGGUGUAAUAGAAGCUUACUAGCACUAGCUUAAUCAGAGAAAAAAGGAGACGUCUACUCGUAUACUGUGGUACAGUUGUCGACAAUAAAAAGUUUUUGACCUAAUGAAUCUAUGAACGUAUUUCACUAAUGAAAAACAUAU